GCCGCUAUUUUCCGUGGUAAAGUGAGCAUGAAGGAAGUCGAAGACCAAAUGCGGAUCAUCCAACAGAAGAACUCUGUGGAAUGGAUCCCUAAUAACAUUCUCACUGCCAAAUGUGAUAUCCCUCCUCGUGGAUUCAAGAUGUCUGCUACUUUUACUUUUAUUGAUAAUUCAAGAGCUGUUCAAGCGAUUCACUGCAAUGUUCAGUCUUUCACACGUCCACAUAGGCGGAAGGCUUUCCUUCAUUGGUGUGCCCAGGAGGGUAUGGAUGAAAUGGAGUUCACGGAAGCGGAGUCCAACUUACAAUACUUGGUCGCUGAAUAUCAGCAGUAUCAUGAUGCUGCCACGCAGGUCCUCACAUGA